GGAAAUAUAUUUGUGUGCUGCCACUCGAAGAGGACCACGCGUCCAUUGAGAUCGACCCAAUUUUGAAACUGUCCGGUUCAUAACUGUGCUGGACCAAUGAAUGCUACAGAGGUUAACCAAACGGAUCACUGCCUGCAGUUUUCCUGUCCAGAGAGAUCUGUAUCUACUGCAGUGUAUGUGGUGUUGUAUGUGUCUGCAGCUGCUGUAGUUCUGCUAACAGUGUGCGGAAACCUGCUUGUUAUAAUCUCUGUUUGUCACUUUAAGCAGCUCCACACACCGACUAACAUGCUCAUCCUCUCUCUGGCUGUGUCAGACUUUCUGGUCGGGCUUUUUGUGAUGCCAUUGCAUUUCAUGUGGUUGAUUGAAUCGUGUUGGAUUUUCGGACACGUUUUUUGUGUCCUGUUUAACUUUGUCAGUUUUCAGUUAACCAGUGUCUCUGUGGGCAAUGUCGCUCUCAUUGCUCUGGAUCGUUAUGUUGCUCUUAGUCACCCAUUUAUUUACUCAAAGGACAUUACAUCAACAAUCAUUCACACUGUAAUAUCGUUGACGUGGUUGUUUUCCUUAUUAUACAACUUUGCAAUGUUUUAUGUCGGUGGAAACUUCACAGAUUUAGUCAUGUGCCCUGGAGAGUGUCUCUAUUAUCUGGGUGAAACAAACUCCUUAGUUGACCUGCUCUUCGUAGUCAUUGUUCCGUGCACUCUAAUGGUAAUUUUGUAUGUACAGGUGUUUGUCAUUGCUAGGAGACACGCAAAUGCUAUAAGAGAACUCAAUCAUAACAUCAAAAGCAUUUCCAAAAUGAACUCAGACUCCAUGAGAUCUGAGAGAAAAGCUGCCAAAGUUCUUGGUAUUCUGGUGAUUGUGUUCCUGGUGUGUUUAGUUCCGUACUAUGUCUGUAGUUUAAUGACUGAUGCAAUCGGAACUGACUCCUCAUACCUCGUGAUAAAUAACAUUUUGAUCCUCUUUUAUCUCAAUUCUUCCAUAAAUCCGGUGAUCUAUGCCUUGUUUUACUCAUGGUUCCAGAGGUGCAUGAAGAUGAUUCUGACUUGCAAAAUACUGCACACAGACUGCUCUUUUGUAAAUGUGCUGGGAAUAAACAGCUGACUGCAGGAAAAAGUUGGGCAUUUUCAUUUACUGUUUACAAAGCAAAAUUAAUGUAUACCCAGAUGCAGUAAUGGUGAUAAUGCUCACAAGUAAUGACAGAAGUCCAUGUGUCCUUUUUUCAGCGCAUGUGUUGAUUACUAUUACAGAUGUGUGAGCAUGAAACAAAGACUUCCAUUUCUUUUUGCCACAUUUACUUGUGUUAAAAAUGUGGAUCAGAAUAAGUGCCAACGUUACAGUCCUUGUGUGGUCCUUAGUGUGGUCUACUACUGUGGCCUCUUUUCUCUAGUUGUGUGAGGAUGAUGCUAAAUGUGAACACGACCAUUCUAAAAGUUCCUGUGAACGAUUAUAACACAUCUAUAAACAAAAUGUGUCUAAAUCCUU